AUGGGAACGAUUUCACAAGAUCAUGACAAGUUGGACUCAGACACAACUGCAGAGGCCAUUAGGCCGUUGGUUGAAGCAGACCCGUCGAUAAAGCUGAAGUCUGUUAUUGCAGAAGGUCAAUCCAGGUUUAACUACACUGUAAGUUACCGCAAGGCUUGGUUGGCAAAGCAGAAAGCUAUCGCAAAAGUUUUCGGUGAUUGGGAAGUUUUUAACCAGACUCUGCCAGUAUGGUUGAAAGCAAUGACUGUGAAGAUGCCAAGGUCUCAUGUUCAAAUUAAAACGCUCCCCGUUUACUAUAAGAGUGAGGAGGUUCAAGAUGUAAGAGUUCUAUACUGCAUUUUUUGGAGCUUCUAUCCGUGUAUUAUAGCAUUCAGACACUGCAACCCACUGAUGCAAGUUAAUGGCACGCACCUGUACAAAAAAUAUAAAGGUGCACUUUUGGUUGCAGUUGCACAAGAUAGGAACCAAAAUAUUGUGCCUAUUGCAUUUGCAAUAGUCGAAGGCGAGACGGCAAAUGCAUUGGAGAUUUUCCUAACCAAUUUGCGGAGAUAUGUUGUUACCAUUGAUGGUGUGGGUAUUAUUUCUGACCGCCAUACCUCCAUCGAUGCUGCAAUAGCUCGCAGUAACGGUGCAUGA